ACCGCAUAGUUAAUUGUCAUUUAAAGACACAAAACUUGGUGAUGUGUUUUUAAUUUUGUUUAAAAAUAACAAAAACUUUUAAAUAAAUAAUGUCUUUAACACUUUUAUUGGAAAAAUACGACGUUUCCACAGAAGAAGGUCUUCAAAAAGCUUUACACGAAAUCGAAAAAGAAGAGGCCGAAGUAGAUGAAGCUCUAUCGAAUGCCUUAUCUCGUUCCUGUACCCUCGAAGGCCGCCUCCGCACCGCAAGUCAGGCGUACACCAAAUUGGGUGAAGUUAAAAAUGACGCCCAGGUCGCAGCUGACAUGGUGGAUAAAACUGCAGCGCUCGCGAGAGAUGUCAGUGCUAAAGUACGUCAGUUAGAUCUUGCAAGGUCCCGUGUUGCGGAAUGUCAGAGAAGAGUUCAUGAUCUUAUAGAUCUGAGAGUUUGCAGUGCUGGUGUGGAAACAGCUAUCAAAGCACAUGACUACGAAACAGCGGCGGCCCACGUGGCGCGCUUCCUCAGCAUGGAGCCGGGCUCGGUGGCGGCGGCGCGCGCGCGCGGGGCGCCCGACCCGCGCCGCGACAUGGACGCCGCCGCGCGCACGCUGCGCGACCACCUCGAGCGGCAAUUCGAAGAGGCGGCGAAACGGGGCGACGACGCCGCAGUCGAGCGGCUGUUCAAACUGUUCCCGCAGAUCGGUCGAGCGGAGGAGGGCGUCGACCUGCUCGCCAAGUACCUCGCGACUCAGCUGGAGGCGGGCGUGCGGCGCGCGGGCGGCGUGCAGCGCGGCGGCGCGGGGCAGCACGCGGCGGCGCUGACGCGCGCGCUGGAGGCGGGCGCGGCCGCCGGGGAGCGCGCGCGCGCCGCGCUGGCCGCGCACGCGCCCGCCCGCGCGCACGCGCUGCUGCCCGCCGCGCUGCGCGUGCUGCAGCCCAGGAUAUGCACCGGCGCCCGACGGAUUUGCUCCGAAAUGCUCUCGUCUUCUCGCGUGAGCGCCGAGCAGGGCGGCGACCCGCGCUCGGUCGAGCCGACGCUGUGCGAGCUGGCGCUGGCGCACUCGCGCCUGCAGCUCUACUUCGGCUUCCUUCGAAGACGGCCCGAGUUAAUGACAACGCUAAGCGAAGCUGACAAGGAAGCGUGCUCGGCUGCCAUAGAGAAGAUAAUAUCCGAGUGCGACAUCACGCGCGUCGCUCAAGAUGUUCUAAGCCAGUAUUUGACGCUGGAACGGUAUUUCUUAGAGGAGAGCGUGAACAAAGCGCUGAAGAUGUCGGCGGCGCAGACCGGAGCGACCACGUCGAGCCUGGUGGACGACGUGUUCUUCAUCGCGAGGAAAGUCAUAAGGCGCGGCAUCUCAACGGGCAGCGCGGACGGCGCGUGCGCCGUGCUCAACGAGGCGGGCGCGGCGCUGGAGCGCUGCGCGGCCGCGCUGCGCCGCCGCCUCGCCGCGCCGCCGCCCGAGCCGCUGCCGCUGCCGCCGCCGCCGCGCGCGCGCCGCCGCGACCCGCCGCGCGCGCCCCCCCGCGCGCCCCCCCGCGACGACGCGCCGCGCGCGCUCUACCUCGCGCUGACCGACGAGGCGGAGAACGGCGCCGAGUGGGCGGAGCGGCUGGCGGAGGAGGCGUGCGUGGAGGCGGAGGCGCUGUGGCGCGCGGGCGGCGACGUGGCGAGCGGGCGCGCCAAGCUGCGCUCGUGCGCCGCGGGGCUGGGCGCGGCCGCCGGCACGUUCCGCGCCGCGCGCGACCUGGCGCUGGCCGCGCUGCGCGCCGCGCUGCUGCCCGCGCUGGCCGACUGGGCCGACGCGCUCGUCGACCCCGACACCGACAUCGAGGAUCUGGAGGAGGAGGCGGGAGCUCUGCCGGCGGCGCUGGACGUGCUGGCGGAGGCGGCGCGGGCGCAGCUGCCGCGCUCGGCGGACACGCUGCUGAUGUCCGCGCUGGGAGAGUUGUUGACUCGCGCAGAAGAUGCAAUGUUGCGAAAUUACUACGAUAGGCGCGGCGCGCUGUGCGUGGAGCGGCGCUGCCGGCGGCUGGCGGUGUGGGCGGGCGGCGCGCUGAGCGGCGCGCGGGAGCGCGCGGGGCAGCUGUCGGGCGCGGCGGCCGUGCUGGCGGUGGAGCGCGCGGCGCACGCGGCCGACGCGCCGCGCGGCGCCGCGCUGCCGCCCGCGCGCGUGCGCGACGUGCUGGCGCGCCGGACGGACUUCAAAAUGGAAGAUAUCAAGCGCCUCAAACUAUAAAUAUAUUCUUUUAUAUUAUACAUUAUAUAUACUUACAUUACAUUUACAUGUGAUCCUUGUUAUCGACAAUAAAA